CAGGCAGGCAGGGGCUGGAGUCUAACCGAGAACAUCACCGCUUCAGGAUCUGUUCCCCAACAGCAGCAGCGUGACCCUCAGUCUGAGCUCAGAUCUUCAGGGCUGCUCCCGCGCGCGCACACACACGCACACACACACCGCUGAGGGGAAGAAGCGCGCCCGUGUCGGACUGCGAGCUCCUCCGCUGGAUAACCGCGUGUUUCCGCACUGAGAGCGAUGUGACCGCGGCCAUGCGCCCCUGACCUGCCGGACUAUGAGCAGAACCUCGCGGCAGAAGACCGGCCAGCCUCUGGAGGAUUCCAUGGACUAGUCCCCGGGAGCGCGCAGGAUGUUUAAGAAACUCAAGCAGAAGGCUUUUACACAAGUUCUGCUGCUCAUCUGCAUGGUCUCACUGUUGCUAUCACCAACAAAUGCUGCAGGACAUGCUGCAGUUCACCAUGUCAGAACGGGAACAUGUGAGGUUGUAGCAUUACACCGAUGCUGCAAUAAGAACAAGAUUGAGGAACGCUCUCAGACAGUCAAAUGCUCCUGCUUUCCAGGACAAGUGGCUGGGACCACCCGAGCAGCCCCCUCCUGCGUAGAUGCCUCCAUAGUAGAGCAGAAGUGGUGGUGUCAGAUGCACCCAUGCCUUGAUGGAGAAGAGUGUAAGGUUCUGCCUGACCUUAAAGGGUGGAGCUGUGCCACAGGGAACAAGAUCAAGACGACAAAGAUCUCUGCUGACCGGGACCAGCUUUGGUAACCGCUGGAAACCAGAUACAGGUUGACUGAAUUGAAGUCUCCUGCUCCCUGCCUCUGGGUUUGAUCUGUGAGGAGUUAAAGACUGAUCCCCACUGGGCCGCUUUGUAUCGGCACAACUUUCACGAGUAUCAGAGUGGAGAAGGUUUCUGACUCUGCGUACAGUGAGCACAUCCGGACGCUGCUGUCUGCUUCACCCCCACAUCUUUGUACAGCUUGUAGUGGAUUACUGCAGUAAAUAGCGCUUACAGUGUUGCUCGGACUGAAGGCUCAGCUCCAGACUUUCCUUUCUGUGGAUCCAGAGCAUGACAGGGUGAAAAGGUGCAGCCACUAUUUUGCCUCAAGGAACAAGUAAUUUAGUCAAGCUGAUGCACCAGUUAUAGCAAUUGGACUACAAUGUAAGCACUGUGUAGAGCUAAGGUAUGCCGGAGAAUAUAUUUAUGUGCUUUGUAUUGUAGGUAAAAAGGGUCUAGAGAAAUUCCGACCUGAAUGUCCAUGUAACCUUAUGUUACGUUAUGCAACUUCAAUUAUAUUAAUUCUAUUGUAUUAAAUAACACAUUAAGACUAAUGCAGGGUCAUAGUGGAAGUACAAUUUAGUUAUGUUCUUUUUUUAUAUAUGUAUAAAUACUCAUGCCAAUGCUUUCCCAUAUGUGUAAGAAACAAAAAUGAUCAUACAAUAAACCAUGAUUGUCUUUAAAUUCCUGUAAGAGCUUUGUGAUUGCAUUCGCUGAUGCGUGGGACUGUGUGGCGUCAU